CUCCCUCUCUAGCCUGUCCCCUGGCUCUCUCUGGUAGCCUCUUUGCUACGCAAUCUUCCUGCCGCGAUCUCGCGCUAACGACGUCGCUGACGUCACGUGAAAAGCCGGGAGCGCGCAAAGGUUGGAGGUAGGCAGCGAAGGAGCUGGCACUCGGCCGGCUGUCUGUGUCUGUCUCUUACAGGUUGGCACCAGAAGGAGGAGAAGGAGGGUGGCACUGCUGGGGAGGAGCCCUACACUCCCCCAAACACUGGUCACCGAGGGAUGCCUGGAUCAAGACUAGGUCAAAAGCCACUGACUGCUGUAACGUCAGAUAAAGGCUCGGAGAGUGCCCGCCGGCAGUUCUAGAUGGGGAAGCAUUGCCUUGGACAGUUUUACAAAAAAAAUGGACACCACAGGUAGGAGCUCAGUGUAAGUAUCAGACGGACUUCUGUCAGAAAGACAUAAAGACACACACUGAAGCAUCCAUACCAAAGCUUUGGAGAAGUGACAUUAUCUACAGGGAGCUGCUGGGACAGUAUAUUGCACAACUGUCAGCAAGUUUCCCUGACUAACGAAAGUGUCGGCAAGUUGUACCAUCACUUCAUAGACCUGCCACGAUCACCGUUAUGUUCUCAACGCUCUCCUUCUGGAAUAAGUGACUGCAAAGUACCACCGGCCGGUAUCUGCAAUUCUGUUCAGCGUGUAACCCCCCCCUUCUAGUCCCUCUUCUUUUUUUUUUUGUCUCCAAUCACGAUGAGCUCCCUGCUCCCAUUUGAUAGUGUUGUAUGCCUCCUCCUGGGGCUCUCCCUCACUCUGUGGUUCACCCUUCUACUUGUGUUCAUCAUUGUGCCUGCUAUAUUCGGUGUAUCGUUUGGCAUCCGCAGGCUGUAUAUGAAGACGCUGCUUCGUAUUUUCACGUGGGCAACCUUACGUAUCGAGAGAGGAGUAAAGGAGAACAGCCACACGCUAUAUAAACCUCUUAGUAAUGGGAUUAUUGCCAAGGAGAGCACUUCCCUUGAGGAAGGAAUCUGGGAGCUGCGUGGCAAUGGGCGCUCUUUGGACAAGCCAGAGUUUGAAUUGUCGGACAUCUUUUACUUCUGUCGACAGGGCAUGGAGAGCAUCAUGGACGACGAGGUGACGCAACGCUUUUCAGCCGAGGAGUUGGAGACCUGGAACCUACUUACUAGAACCAACUACAACUUUCAGCACAUCAGUGUCCGGCUCACAGUAUUGUGGGGGCUGGGCAUGCUAGUGCGCUACACCUUCUUGCUGCCCCUCAGAGUUGCUCUGGCUAUUACAGGAGUCAGUCUUCUGGUUAUCGGCACUACUGUAGUGGGGUUCCUGCCCAAUGGAAGGUUUAAGGAGUUCCUGAGUAAGCAUGUUCAUCUGAUGUGUUACCGGAUCUGUGUGCGUGCCCUUACUGCUAUUAUAACCUAUCAUGGCAGUGAAAAUCGGCCCAGGAAAGGGGGCAUCUGUGUGGCCAAUCAUACAUCUCCAAUAGAUGUGAUCAUCCUAGCCAGUGAUGGAUACUACGCUAUGGUGGGCCAGGUGCAUGGGGGGCUGUUGGGAGUAAUCCAAAGAGCCAUGGUGAAGUCCUGUCCACAUGUCUGGUUCGAGCGCUCUGAGGUGAAGGACAGACACCUUGUUGCUAAACGGCUUACGGAUCAUGUGCAAGACAAGAGCAAGUUGCCUAUUCUUAUAUUUCCCGAAGGUACUUGCAUCAACAACACUUCGGUUAUGAUGUUUAAAAAAGGCAGUUUUGAAAUAGGAGCCACGGUGUAUCCAGUAGCUAUCAAGUAUGACCCUCUCUUCGGUGAUGCCUUCUGGAACAGCAGUAAAUAUGGGAUGGUAACCUACCUUCUACGAAUGAUGACAAGCUGGGCCAUAGUAUGUAGUGUUUGGUACCUGCCUCCCAUGACUCGCCAGGAGGAUGAGGAUGCUGUACAGUUUGCUAACCGAGUGAAGUCGGCCAUUGCACACCAAGGGGGACUUGUUGAUUUGCUAUGGGAUGGGGGGCUAAAACGUGAAAAGGUGAAAGACGAAUUCAAAGAAGAGCAGCAGAAGGUGUACAGCCGCAUCAUUGCCGGAAGUCAGGAAAAUCGCAGCCGCUCCUGAGCUACAGGACUGGGAAAUGGGCUCCUGAGCCACAGUGAUACCAUGGGCAUCUACAGCAAGGAGUACUGCAGGAACCCAGUUCUUGAAGCGAUGGCUGAGGGAAUCAUAAGAGUUAGAUGUUUUAGUAGGUCAGAACCCAGAGCUUUUCUGGAAUUCUGUCCACACAGGACUGUGGCGCUUAAGAAAAAAAAAAAAAUCCUAGGACCCAGUAAGAUUAUUUAUAGAUUGGUGGCAAAGUCAGAGACCUGAGAAGAACUGGUGUAUAUCUCUGCUCCAUUCACUAUGAUGUAUCUCAGGUGCACUGAGUAUUUCAGAAUCACAAAACCCUUGCAUCCAAGGGGCUGAACCGCUUCUCAGCUCAACGAUUGUAGCAGACUCACAAUGUCCACAAACUUGUAUAAUGGAACCAGAAUCGUCUCUGACAGUAUUUAGAAAAAUAAAUAAAUACAUCAAGACGUGAAGAUCUCAUGAGCUUUGGCCCCGUGCUACAACUGGAAGGGCCUCAGAGACAAAUCCUAAAUUAAAGCCGUAUAUAUAUCCUUGAAGCUGCCACUGAAAGAGCCUAUGAAGUGUAUGAUCCUAUGAAGCCUGGAGAACUGCUGUGGCUGUGACCCUUCAUCUCUAAACAUGCUCUACAAACCAGAAAAGACCUAUUUUUAUGUUACAGUUAAUAACACCUCCUGCAGUGGUUACACGUCUUACCCUUCAUGAAGGGAGAGAGGCAGAUUUUCUAUUCACUGCCCCCCCCCCAAAGCCUAAAAUGGAUCAAUAUGAUGCCACCAUGUCUGAGAACUUCAUUGAGACAUGUGCCUCCCUUUGUCUGUUACACCCUGUUCUGCAUGGGCCACGUUCCUUGUUUUGUUUUUAUAAAAGUCAAAAAGGAAAUAAAAUAUCGUCAAAAGUAAA